UGAAAUACAUGACUCCGCCCACUGUUCCGACAUGUAAUUUUGACCGGGUCGUCAGGUUUUUUAGUUCCUAGAGAGCCUGGACUUUCAGCUGGCUCCACGAAGUUGUACCUACAAAUUUUCACCCCUUUGGUCUUUGCAAAGGCUCCAGUUCAUUUCGGAAUCAUGGGUAUGUAAAUGCAGGAUCAUUGUUUCAUUCAAAUUAUAUUUCCGAGCGAGACAGUGAGUGCAAAGCUGUCGUAUGUUACUAGCGUCCAUUUCCAUGGAGAAGUUAGCUAGAUGAAGGUUUUUUGUUUGAACACACAGUAAUCUAUAAUGACAAAAUCGGUCAUUUUUACUAUUAUAAAACAACCAGUGUUUGUAAGUAUUUCACAGUAUUCUACAAUAUGUGUAGAGUGUUGUAUUACUGCUGGUAUAAUUUCUUUAGCUUGAAGGCUAAUGACAACAUGUCGGAAGCGGUUUUGAAUGAACACUGACGUGGCGUUACGUUCGCAGAGGAGGAUGUUUUAUUAGCUUCAUUAUUUUUAAUGCACAUGUUUUCAAAAUAAGGUUGGCAUUCACUAAAUCUGUGGAUGCAGCAGAGGCCUUGAGAUUUACGCUUCUAGAUAUUCCUUGUUUUUAUAAAGUCGACCCAUGUUGGCUUCGUUUAGAUACUUUCGUCUAUACUCUAUGCCUGUAUCGCACUUAUAAUAAUGCUGUAGCUAUUGAAUAUAUCUAAUUGUGUUGAGAUUGUGUAUAUUUAACUUAUGUCAGUCAAGUUUUAAAUGAAAUGCUUCUUACUUUUGCUUUUAAACUGAUGCUUUGAGGUGUACCUGUGCACUGCAUUAAUGCCAAGACCAUCCUAGUCUACUACUUUUCUUAAAGACUCCAAAAACAGGCAACUGGACUGUGUAGAGUUGAGAAGAUGUUUCGCCUCUUAUCCAAGAAGCUUCUUCAGUUCUAAAUAUUGCUAGUGUGAGGAGCAGAUAUUUAUCUUACUGGAGAAGGGGACACACAACUUCUCCAGUAAGAUAAAUAUCUGCUCCUCACACUAGCAAUAUUUAGAACUGAAGAAGCUUCUUGGACAAGAGGCGAAACAUCUUCUCAACUCUACACAGUCCAGUUGCCUGUUUUUGGAGUCUUUAAGAAAACCAUGACCUGGAUGAAUGAGAAUCUACAUGGACCUAGUCUACUACCAUCAUGUCAUGCCUGACUAGGGCUGGGUGAUACGGGAAAAAGUUUAUCAGAAUAUAUAUUUUUUUCAUAUAAGUUGAUAUCGAUACAUAUCAUGAUACAAAAAAUGAAAUCUAACAUUGCUUAUUGGAAGCAUGUCUUUUGCAAUACAAGAAGCUACUGCAUCUGUGGGGUCUUUGUGUCUCUCUGACGUUUUGCCGUAAGGCGUUGCGCUAGAGAAAGCGGACUGAAUAGUCGGCUGUUUCGGCUGCGUAGGCGCCAUAGGCUCCUUGCUCCGCUCAGGGUUUGUAACCUUUUGCGUUACACGUGCUCUUCCACAUGGCACUACUUCAGUUGGUGAAAAAGAUUUGAGGUGUACCCUGACUUUGCAAGAACAUGUUCUUGACAUAAUUUCCGACUGCAAAAAAACAAAAUACCUCCACACCACCGACGUUUUUUGCCAGUGUUGUCACCAAUGUAACUCCCCUUUUCAUUGGCUAUUUGUAUGGUCUAAAACAUGGCAGAAUGCAGACUAUCGGAAAACAUAUUAGGGAAGUUGAUUAAUUUUAUAUAUCUUAAUCGUUUUAUCGUCCAGCCCUAUGCCUGGCCUUUGUGGAGGACUUUCAUUUGUAUUUGUAUGAAUUUAUUCAAUAAAGUUACUCUCUUUACUUCACAGCCGUGAACACGGGCACCUCUCUGGUGCUGUCCAGUCUGCUGUCAGUGCUGGUUUUUGCUGGGAUGCAGAUGUUCAGUAAGCAGCUGGGAUCUACUGAGUGGCUCACCAUCCUGGGAGGUUUCCUCGGCUCAGUCCUCUUCAUCUGCUCCCUCACUGUAUCCUAUUUGCAUUUCCUAUUAGCUUGUUGUAGCUGCUUUAAUAAUCUCCGACCACAAAACUCUGAGUUACAGUAGUGUUUCACAGCAGCUUUUUAUGUUAUUGGUUAUCUUUUUGUACACACUAUGUUGCAUCUCAUUUUUUUGUCUCACCUGGGUUACCUGAUUUCUUGUUUGUAUUUGAUGUUGUGAUAUCAAUGAGGUUUGCUCACCUUGACAGUAUUUCCAGGCAUUUAAUAAUCUGGAAAACCUUGUUUUUGGGAAAGGAUUUCAGGCCAAGAUAUUUCCAGAGAGUAAGUAUUGUUUCUAAUUUCUCUGUUUAUUUUUAUGAAUAGCUGAAUCAAGUGUCAGGUCAGCUCACAUUGACAUAUGCUAACUCAUUCACACUUAUCCCAAAAUAAUUAAAGCAAGGGAUUUUCCAAGAAUUUUAAAUUGAAUUGAUUGAUUCUUACCUGUAUUUUUCACUCUCUUAUUUCCAGUCCUUUUGUGCCUCUUCCUGUCACUGUUUGCCUCUGGUCUAGUGCACCGCGUCUGUGUCACAACAUGGUAUGAGACAGUAUCUCUGCACAUCUGCCUGAUUUACCCUCAAAACACAGUAAAAGAAGUUAUCUGGAAAUAUUCUAAUUUGUUUCGUCCUUAUUCCCAUUGCAGCUUGAUAUUUUCUCUCUUCGCCGUGUACUACAUCAACAAAAUAUCUGCCACUCUCUACCAAGCAGCUGUUCCUGCGGUGACACCAGCCAAGGCUACCAGCAAGGGUAAAAGGAAGAACUGAUGGACGGUGCAGUUCAUUGCAUUCAGUGAAUCAGUCGAUAUCACCCAGGUGCUCAUGACCACUGCAACAUAGCACUUGCAUAUUUUUCACAAUUUUUGUAAAAACAAACCCCCAUGGUGUGCUUCUCCAGGGUUUUAAAAAUGGUUUGGGAAUAUCACGUGGAGAAGGUUGAAUUGAAUCCAAAUGUAAACUGAAGUAAAAUGUUUCAAACAUGUAAAAAAGAGAGAAAAAGUGAACAUAGAAUUGCAAACAAAGAAAUUGCAGACAGAAAAUAAACAAAAUCAGUCCCAGUUCUCCAAACUUGUAGUUAGGUUGUUUUAUUUUUUAUUUUUAUUUUAAUUUUUCACAUUUGACUCAUGUAGAAAUUCCCCCGGUAUCAAACAUUCCACUUAUGACCUUUCUCUCUGCACUGUUUUUACACUACCAGCCACGAAGAGAUACAAACAUCCAAUCUUUUUUUUUUAUUAUGUAUUCAUCAGUGCGUCAUGUUGCUUUUUCUUCAAUUCAUUUUUGUAAUUAAACUCUGUAAAAAACUUGGAUCCAGUUGAUGUGUGUUUGUGCUCUCACAUUUUUCCAGUAUAGGGAUAUCGGUGUGUUUGUUCAAGUGGGUGUGGUUGUAUCCUAAAAUCCUGAGCUGUUGGAAAGUGAUGAAGGACUAGGAGGGGCGGGGAGAGAAGGCAUUGCUUGGUUCUCAGGCGUGAUUCAGUGUGAAUAUUUUAAAGGGAAUAUAUGGGCUGAAUAACAUGCAUUUGGGGAAAAAUUUGACCCUUUAAACUGCAGUGAAUUACAGGUGGCUCAUCUUAUUGUCUGUGUAGUCCAAAAAUAAAAAAA